GGGGCGGGACCCGGAUGGACCACAAUUUAUGCACAAAUUAGUAGUACUGUGUAUAUCCUUCUUGUGAAAUAAAGAUGGCUCGCCAGGGCUCUUCCAACCCAGUGUCGCCACCACGGUAACGCCUUGUCCUCGCUGCGCCCUGACGUCAGUAACCGAUCACCCAGAUUGUUGGUGAUGGCAUGCCCUGCAGUUCGUCAAAAGGGUUUACAUCAUGACGCGAACACCUGCGAUUCCUCCGCACCAACUCAAGAAUACAUAUGCGGCAACCCUUCUGGACUCUUUGUGCUUGAACUUUGGUGAUUGAGAACCCAACAACUUACACAACAUCUCACAACCAACUAAACCAGUAGAAACGCGAUAUAUCCAACAUGGCAGAACAACAGACAGAGGCUUCAGUGAAGCACCCCGAUCCCUACAAGGAGGCCAACCUCGACGAGGAAGUGUCCUUGGAGCAGAAGGUCCGUGACCUCAGCAGCUUCAUGACGCACUGCAAGUUCGGGAUGAUGACCACCCGAGACGCCGGCUCCGGAAAUCUGGUAUCGAGGUGUAUGGCGUUGGCCGCCCAAGAAAGCGGCGGCAUCGACCUCCUCUUCCACACGAACACCGAAUCCGGCAAGACGGUCGACCUCGCCAGCGAUGCGCACAUCAAUAUCAGCUUCCUCAACUACUCUGGUGACUGGGCGUCGGUAAGCGGCACAGCCAGUGUCGUCACGGACCGAUCCCUCGUCCAGAAACAUUACAGCCAGCACCUCAAGGCCUGGCUGGGUGACCUGGGCGACGGCGUCCACGACGGGGGAGUGAACGACCCUCGCAUCGGCAUCAUCCGGGUCAAGAUGACCACGGCCCACUACGCCAUCUCCUCCAAGAGCAUAAUCGGGCAGAUGGCCCAGGUUGCCCAGGGGGUCGUGACCGGAAAGCCGGCGACGGUGAACAAGUUGCGCGAGAUUAGUCCCACCGAGGCCAUCCAGUGGAGAUCGGCUCACUAGGGGGGCUUCUAUCGGCUUCUGUGGAAGGAAAUUGGACACGAACCGGGUGGUGGACGAAUAUCUCACGAGUUGGCGUCGGGGCAGCUGUUUCUUGAACAAAUUUGUAUGAUAGGAUUUCAAUCGCAUUGACUGGCUUACUGCUUGCCCUCGUACUCGGCUUUCCAUAUCCUAU